AUGGUCAACGACAGCUUCCAGGGGGCCACCGCGCCGGCCCUGGCGAACUCGACGUACGACCCGUCGCUGCCGCCGCUGCCCGACUACACCGUCACCGAAGUCACCGAUCUCUUCACCUUCAUUUCCGACUUUUGGCUUUCCAUGGCUUUGCCCGUCAUUGUGUAUUGGAUUGUCUCGAUUUUCUUCCACCUCGUCGACACCUUUGAUAUCUGGCCGCAAUAUCGACUCCAUACGCCCGAGGAAAUCUUGAAGAGGAAUCACGCGUCGCGAUAUGAGGUGGCCCGCGACGUCAUCAUCCAGCAAAUCAUUCAGAUGGGCGUCGGCGCCUUCCUUUCCAUUAGUGACCCGCCGCAGCUCACGGGCAUGGAAGGAUAUGACGUCGCCGUUUGGGCCAGGAGGGUUCGCCUUGCUCAGCGUGCGCUGCCUCAGCUUCUUGGCCUCCUCGGCCUAAACGCCGCCUCCAUCUCGAAGAACAUGGCGUCUUCUCAUCCCCUUAUCGCCGGAGCCCUGGCCGGCGGGUACUACCCCUUCCUCACCACCGAGCUCAGCGGAUCCGAGGUGCCCGCAUUCGCGACGUGGGAGCUCCUCGUGGCCAAGGCCAUCUACUGGCUUGUUGUUCCCGGUAUCCAGCUCUUCCUCGCCAUUAGCUUCCUCGAUACCUGGCAAUACUUCCUCCACAGGUUCAUGCAUGUGAAUAAAUGGAUGUACACUACUUUCCACUCACGACAUCACCGCCUCUACGUUCCCUACGCUUACGGCGCCCUCUACAACCACCCCUUUGAAGGCUUCCUUCUUGAUACCGUCGGUGCCGGCCUCGCUUAUAAGCUCACCGGCAUGAGCAUGCGCCAGGGCAUGUUUUUCUUUGCCUUCUCGACGAUUAAGACGGUCGACGACCACUGCGGAUACGCGCUCCCCUGGGACCCGAUGCAGCACAUCACCAGCAACAACGCGGCGUACCACGACAUUCACCACCAAACCUGGGGCAUCAAGACCAACUUUUCGCAACCCUUCUUCACGUUUUGGGAUCGUUUCCUGAACACAAUGUACAUUGGUGAUCGCGCCGAGAGGGAGCGCAAGAAGGCAGUUGAGGCAUCUGUCCGCCAAGCGCGCGAAAGGGCGCUGGCUAAGAAUGCGGCCAAGCACGGUAAUGGCGCCGCCAGCAGCUCGGUCGAACUCAACGGGAACACGACAGUGAAGGCAAGGUAG